CACGAAGCGGAAGUCCAGUCGCUGUCAAACGCAACUGUCUUUCGUUCUUUUUCCGGCAUCUUUACCAGUGUCGAGCACACAUCGAAUUUUGCUGCGAGCUAAACAAUGUCGAAGAGAGGACGUGGAGGUUCCGCGGGAGGCAAAUUCCGCAUCUCGCUUGGUCUGCCCGUUGGCGCCGUCAUCAAUUGUGCCGAUAACACCGGUGCCAAGAACCUGUACGUGAUCGCCGUCCAUGGAAUCCGUGGUCGCCUGAACCGAUUGCCCGCCGCCGGUGUUGGUGACAUGUUCGUCGCCACCGUCAAGAAAGGUAAACCGGAACUGCGUAAGAAGGUCAUGCCAGCGGUCGUCAUCCGGCAGCGAAAACCCUUCCGCAGGCGGGAUGGCGUUUUCCUCUACUUUGAGGACAAUGCGGGCGUCAUAGUGAACAACAAGGGCGAAAUGAAGGGUUCGGCCAUCACCGGCCCAGUGGCGAAGGAAUGUGCUGACCUGUGGCCCCGUAUCGCGUCCAAUGCUGGAUCGAUAGCUUAAGAGACGGAUUGGAUUGGAUAUGAUACCGUUGUUUUUGGAGUAAGAUUCCAUAAAUUUAACCAAGCAGGAACAACAUUGAAGAGGAAUAAAACAUGAUGGAAACGACAGUGAGAAAAGGA